AUGGCACGUCGAAACCGGCCGGUGGCGGCGAUGGUCAUCGUCUUCCUCCUCACGACGUGGGUCGUCCUUUUCUUCCCCCGCCAGAAGAUCGCCUACUUCCUCCGGCCGCUGUGGGACACCCCGCCGCCGCCCUUCACGCGGCUGACCCACUACUACGCCGAGAAUCUCUCCAUGGGGGUGCUCUGCAAGCUCCACGGGUGGGAGCUCCGGCGAUCCCCGCGCCGCCUGUUCGACGCCGUCCUCUUCAGCAACGAGCUCGAUCUCUUGGAGAUCCGCUACCGCGAGCUCCUCCCCCACGUCCACCGCUUCCUCCUCCUCGAGUCCAACUCCACCUUCACCGGCCUCCCCAAGCCGCUCUUCUUCGAGGAGAACCAGAGCCGCUUCCGCUUCGCCGGGGGGAAGAUCCUCUCCGGUGCGUUCGCCGGGAAAGGCGACCGGCGGGAUCCCUUCACCAUGGAAGGCCAGCAGCGGGGGUUCUUCGCGUCGCUGCUCCGGCGAGCCGGUGUGGCCCCCGGGGACGCCGUCAUCAUGUCCGACGCCGACGAGAUCCCCAGCCAGCACACGGCGGCGCUGCUGCGGUGGUGCGACGGGGUGCCGCCGGUUCUGCAUUUGGAGCUCCGCCAGUACCUCUACUCCUUCGAGUUCCCGGUGGACUCCGGCAGCUGGAGGGCCACCGCCCAUCUCUUCCGGCAAGGGACGCAGUACCGCCAUUCCCGACAGGGGGAGCUGCUCCUGGCCGACGCAGGGUGGCACUGCAGCUUCUGCUUCAGGAGCAUAGAGGACUUCGUGUUCAAGAUGAGGGCCUACAGCCACGCCGACAGGGCGCGGCGGCGGCGCCACCUCGACCCGGAGAGGAUACAGGGGAUCAUUUGCAGGGGGGAGGAUCUCUUUGACAUGUUGCCGGAGGAGUACACCUUCCGGGAGCUGAUCAAGAAGAUGGGCCCCAUUCCCCGGUCCUCCUCCGCCGUGCAUCUCCCAUCUUCCCUGAUCCAGAACGCCGAUAGAUUCCAGUACCUCCUUCCCGGGGGCUGUCUGAGACCGCCGCCGCCGCCGUAG